UCCUAGCUGGCCCCGAUGACCUUUCCCUUGGCUUCAACGCUAACGCUGCCGCCUUGGCUGCUGUUGCUCCCUCUGGAUCCACCAACGCCCAAUGGCAACCCUCUUCUCGUCCACUCAACUACGGCUUUCCACCUGAUAUGGGGAUGGUUGGUCUCCGAGAUUUCGUCCUUGUUACUCCUGCGUCAUUUAACCAUCACCAUCGCCACCAUCAUACUCAAGAUUCCAUCAUGGCAAACGAUCAAAUCAACGGUCCAAAUGAUCUCACGGCACUUGGUGUUGGUGUUAUCCCACUUCUUACAACAGCUCCAUGUUUAGCUCCACAUCACGCGGAAGACACUGAUUUGUUGAAUAACAAUGAUCGCAGCAAAUUCACCGGGAUGCAGUUAUGGCAGAACCCAAAUUCUUCUCAUUAUCUUAAAAAAUCGUCUAAAAACCCUAAUAACCACAAUUCCUCUUCUAUGAAUUUGAUACAAAGCAGCGGUGGUAUCGGUGGGACGGAGAGCCGGAGUGGUGGUUCGGGUUCAAGCUCAGGGGCCACGUGUCAAGACUGUGGGAACCAAGCUAAGAAAGAUUGUAGAUAUAGGAGAUGUAGAACAUGUUGUAAAAGUCGAAGUUUUGAUUGCCCUACUCACGUGAAGAGCACGUGGGUGCCAGCUGCUAGAAGGAGAGAUCGUCAGCUCAUGACGGUUGGAGCUACUGCUGCUGGUGCUGGUGCUGGUUUGUCAGGCUCGAGUGCAGGGCCUAAGAAGCCUAGACUUAGAACAUCACAGACUACAACCGCUUCUCAUACAUCGACUUCCAACGCUACAACUCCUCCUAGAAGCUUGGACACUUGCUCAAGUCCCCAAAAUGCGGAGUUUAAAGAGCCAUUUCCGGCGCAAGUUCGUGCAACGGCGGUAUUUAAGUGUGUAAGAGUGACGGCAAUCGAGGAGGGGGAGGAUGAGUUUGCAUAUGAAGCAGUUGUUAAGAUUGGUGGACAUGUGUUCAAAGGGUUGCUCUAUGAUCAAGGAGUUGAUGGGUUUCCUAAUAUAUCCCAACUGCAUUUAAGUGGGAGAAAUGGCGAGUCAUCCUCAUCUCCCGUUCUCGAUCCUUCUCAAGUUUAUGAAGCGACCACUGGAGGCGGCUUGCUUCGUGGUUCGAAUUAUGGUAGUGCAAGGAACUGAUAUCAUCUUUCAGAGUUAAAAAUAGGCUCGGGGGGAUCCACUAUAGUGAAAUUCGGUUUUUUUGCUGCCUAAUAAGUCUUCAUAGGGUUUUGUUGCUCAAAGAGGGUGAUGAUCAUCAUUUGUCAGCGAGCCUACAUUUCCUUACACUAUCCAGAUAUGUUUUGUACUGAUUUACAAAUCAUAGAAACUACAAGGUAAGAACAAGAGAUUCUGCACUAGCAGUGAGGACAAUAUUUGUUCCUUGAAAAUUUGCUUUCUUAAAGUAGGUGCUUUUAUUUCCUUCCUUUACUCCUUUGUUCAUUUGAGUUGUGUAAAGGUAAAAAUCUAUAGUGUAAGUGCUUUUCGCCAUCUAACGACAAUGACAUUGUGUUAUGAACCUUUUAUGUGUAUGAGAACACUGUUUAGCUCGUGCAAGGCUUGAGUGACAAAUAUCUUAUGUGA